CUGAAAGCGAAAGAAGGAAGGGACUAGGACUUGGCCCUGGCCUGCGGGCACUCAGGGGGUUGGCCAUUCCAGCUUCGCGAUUGGUUCUGGUCUGCAGCCCCCCCUCUCUUCCCCCUUUUCCAGGCUAGGGCCCACCCCUCGCCUCAGUCCGCCUAGGGCCAGGGCUUUACCUUUCAAUUGUGACGAGGGGAGGAGGAGUCGGCUGCGGCUGUGGUGGCUGCUGCUGCUGUUGCUCCUGCUGCUGCUCCAGCUGCUGUUCCUGCUGCGGACUCCUGGGCCCCGCCGCGGACCAUGGCGGAUCCCGGGGUCUACUGCUUCCUCACCAAACUCUUGUGCGAGAACAAGGCGGGCUCCUUAGACGUCCGGCAGUUGAGCCAGAAGAUCGGCUGGUCGGAGGCUCAGCUGAACCAGAUCCUGCAGGAGGCCGGGCCUGAGAGCUUCUUGAUGGUGGAGGACGAAGACCCCACCGUGGCCGUGGCCGUGGCCGUGACCCCCUUGCGCCUCUGCGGCCACUACCUACGGGACGAGUGUGAUGGCUGCGAGCGGCUACACCUUUGUAAACUGUUCGUUCAGGAUAGGUGCAGGUUUAAAAAGCAGGGGUAUAAAUGCAGAUUUUCCCAUGAUAUACAUUUGCCUGGAAAUAGCAAAAUCCUGAAAAAUAAUGCACUUUUUGGCAUCAAUGAAUCAGAGCUCAAAGUUCUCCUUUUUCAGAAUGAUCCUUCCCUUUUGCCUGAGGUCUGCCCCUUCUACAACAGAGGUGAAGGGCCCCAUGGAUCCUGCCACCUCCAGGAUAAUUGCACCAAGCUCCAUAUUUGUAAGCAUUUCAUCUGGGGGGAGUGUAGGUUUCAGAAGUGCAAGCGAUCUCAUGAUCUACAUGCUGAAAAUGCAAUGAAGUUGCUGAGAGAGCAAGGGUUGAGUACCUCUGCUAUCUUAAACGUCCAGAGAAUCUGCAAGUACAAGCAUUCAGAGAUCUGCAAAUCCUUUGAGAAGAAGAAAGAAAAACGAUCUGAGUCUGUUUCUACAAGCAAUGAGAAGACAAAAAGCAAUGAGAUUUGCCUUUACUACAUCUGGAAAUUCUGCAAACAAAAAGGUAACUGUAGGAAUAUUCAUUACAAGUUGCCUUACAGAUGGCAAAAGUUGGAAGGCACUGUUUGGAAUGAUCUUCCCAUGAUGGAAGGGAUUGAAAAAACUUAUUGUGACCCAAAGAACUCCAGAUAUGUUUCCCCAGCCCCAUCUCCCUCUUCUCCCUCGUACAUCAGUCUCCUGUUCAACUUGGCCCUUGGUCUUCCGCCUCUUUUCCCAAAUGUUGGAGUCCAAAUGGGAGAUCUGGACAUCAAUUUUGAGACUAUGACUUGUGGUUUGAGUCAAGUGCGUCGUUUAUCUACCCCAUCCUCUGUCACCAAACCUGCCACUAUUCUCUUAACCACAACAUGGCUUUGGUAUUGGCUCAAUGACAAUGGUCAGUGGAUUGAAUAUGGAACCCAGGGUGAAAAUCAUCCUCCUUCUUCAAUAACAUCCAUAGAUAUAGAAUCAGUAUUCCUUGCUGAUUCAUAUGGCACUGUAGACUUUCAGGCAGGACAUCAGUUCUAUGAAAUCAAUUUUAAAGAAAUGGUUCAGAGAAAUUUGAUAUGCCAAACCAAAAGAAAAGUAUGUAGGAGGCCAAAAUUUGUAUCCCCUGAAGACGUGGACAAAAUAAGGAAACGUAACCAAGGAGAGGGGAGCCGGCAGAGUGCUUUUACUUUUGCAAUUCCUACCUCCUGGGACAAAUCAGCUGUGCCAGAUGUUGGCUAUAAGCUUGUGACACUCAAUGAAACUUCUAAAGAAUUCAAUGAUGUUAAGAGUCAAUUUGAAAAGACAAUGACAGGUUUCGUCAUUCAGCGUAUCCUAAGGAUUCAGAAUUUGGCCCUUUGGCAAGUCUUCCAAUGGCAGAAGGACCAGAUGAAAAAGGUGAAUGGAGGGAAGGAUAUAGAUGAACGACAGCUAUUUCAUGGAACAAAAUACAUCCAUUUGAAUGACAUCUGCAGUCAUAACUUUGAUUGGAGGAUCUGUGGGGCCCAUGCAACAGUUUAUGGCAAAGGAAGUUACUUUGCAAGAGACGCAAGUUAUUCCCACAAUUACUCUGAGUCUGAGACCAAUGUCAGAAUAAUGUUCCUGGCUCGGGUUCUGGUUGGAGUUUUCACUCAAGGAGAUUCAAAAUAUGUUCGGCCACCAAUGCGACAGGGUACCCAGAACACCUUUUAUGACAGCUGUGUCAAUAACAGAUUGGAUCCCACCAUAUUUGUGAUCUUUGAAAAGCAUCAGAUUUACCCAGAAUAUGUCAUAGAGUACACCGAGAAGAGUAAGCAGUGCACCAUUAGUUAAGGCGAAAGAAUUCAUUAUUUCCUUGAUUGAAUAAGCGUGUGUGUGUGUGUGUGUGUGUGUGUGUGUGUGUGUGUGUGUGUGAGAGAGUGAGAGAGAGAGAGAGUAGUAUCAAAGUAGCUUUUUUACCUUCCUGUUUUUAAGGAAAGCAGUAAGUGAUCACCUGGGAAAGCAGUUACUCAGAGUUGAGUUGUAAUCUUUUGUAGCAGAUAUGUUGGUGAAAAAUCAUAUGUAACAUAAUUUCCAGAAGUAGAAUGCUGUUUUAAAUGCACCUGAGGAGCUCACUAUUUAAAGGUCUGUGGCGCUGAAUCACGAUGCAAAGAAAAGACCAACAGCAAAACUCUGAAGUACAAAAAGUCACUACCUAAUUUAUCUGUUUUCAAAGUUGGGGUUUUUACGUGGAAGAUUUUCUUAAAAUGAGUCGUGUCUGUGUGUGUCUGUAGAUGUGUGUGUGUAUGUAGGUGUGUGUGUGCUAGUGUACUGGGACAAGGAACUUCUUUUAGUUACUCUCCGUUGUUCUGCAGAGCAGGAGAGGCAGGGAUGGGGGGAGGAUAGACAACCUGAUGAAUCAGUCAGUAAACAUUUAUUAAACAUCUACUAUGUGCCAGACUGUGUGCUACGUGCUAGAUAGGGAUACAAAGAUAAGUAGAAGACAAUCCCUCCUCUCAAGUGCACAGUCUAAUGGGGGAAACAACAUGCAAACAACUGUACAAAUAAGCUCUAUGGGUGAUAAAUUGGAAAUAAUCAAUUGAAGAAAGGCACUAGAAUUAAAGGGAAUCAGAAAAGGCUUCUUGCAGAAGGUAUGAUUUUAGCUGGGACUUAAGGGAAGCCAGGAGACAGAUGAGGAAGGAGAAUAUUCUAGGUAUGGGAGACAGCUAGAGAAAAUGCCUAGAGCUGAGAAGUGGGGCAUUUUGUUUGGGUAACACCAAACUAGCUAGUGUCACUGAACUGAAGAGACUGAACUGGGAGGGGGCUAAGUUAUGAAGGAUGUGCCAAACUGAAGAUUUUAUAUUUAAUCCUAGAAGGGAUAGGGAGCCACUGAAGAUUAUAGUCAUCCCAAUGGGGGUGACAUGGUUGGCUUGCUGUUUUAGGAAAAUCAUGUUGGCAGCUAAAUGGAGAAUGGAUUUGAUGUAAUAGUCCAGAAGUAAGGUGAUGAGUGCAGGAUGGUAGUAGUGUCAGAGAAAAAAAAGGGGUAUUUUCUUUUUUUUUUUUUUAUCUUUUUUGCAAGACAAUGGGGGUUAAGUGACUUACCCAGGGUCACACAGCUAGUUAAGUGUCAAGUGUCUGAGUCUGGAUUUGAACUCAGGUCCUCCUGACUCCAGGGCCAGUGGUCUAUUCACUGUGCCACCUAGCUGCUCCAAAAAGGGGUAUUUUCAAGAGAUGUUGUAACAAAGGUAAAAUUAACAGGCCUUGGCAACAGAUUGGGGGGAGGGGGGAGGGGAGAGAGUAAGGAGUCAACAAUGACAUCUAGGUUAUGAGCCUAGGUAACUAGGAGGGUUGUGGUAUAUUUGAUAAUAGGGAACUUUAGGAGGGGGGAGGGUUUUUUUUUUUUUUAAAGACGAGUUGCAUUUUGGACAUAUUAAAUUUAAGAUGUCUAUAGGACAUCCAGUCUGAGAUGUCUAAUAGACAAUUGGAGAUUCAAGACUGGAGGUUAGCAGAGAGGUUAGGAUUGAAUAAGUAGAUUUGAGAAUCAUCAGCAUAGAAAUGAUUAUUGACUUCUUGGGAGCUGAUAAAAUUCCCAAGUGAAAUUAUACAGAGGGAGAAAAGAAGAAGGCUCGAGACAGCCCUGUGGGACAUCCAGGAUUAGCAGGAUUCGCUGGAUAAAGAUCCAACAAAAGUUCCUGAGAAGGGGAAGUCAGAUAGGUAGAAGGAGAACUAAGAUAGAAUAGUGUCACUAAAAAAUCCCCAAAAACUAGAAAGAAGAAAGUGUCAAGGAGAAAAGAAGGUGAUCAGGAGUGUCAAAGAAGAGGUCAGGAAGAAUGAGGAUUGAGAAAAAGCCCUGAGAUCUGGCAGUUAAGAAAGACAUCAUCAAUAAAUGUGGAGAGAUCAGUUUUGUUUGAAUGAUGAAGUCAGAAGCCAGACUGCAGAGAGUUCAGAAGAGAGUGAGAGGAAAGGAAGUAGAGGCACUUAUUGUAGACACCCUUCUCAAAAUGUUUAGCAGCAAAAGGUAGGAGAAAUGUGGCAUGAGAGUUAGUGGGGAUGGAUGAAUCAAAUGAAGGGUUUUUGAGUAUGAGCAUGUUUGUAGGUAGUAGGGAAGCAUCCGGUAGACAGAGGGAGAUAAAAGACAAGUGAGAGUGUGGGCAUGAUUGAUUGAUAGAGAGGGUAAUCUGGGAAAAGAUGAACCGGAAUAAAAUCACUUGUGCAUGAAGAAAGAUUUGCCUUGGCAAGAAGGGCUGCCUCUUAAUAUGAGACAGGGGUGAAAGGGGAAAUAGUGGCAGAAGGGACCUUGGGUGAUGUGAGAUGAGGAACAGGGGAGAAGAGGGAGCUAUUGGCAAGUGGCCUCAGUUUUUUAGUAAAUAAGUCUUUCUUGCUUACUUCUCUACCUGGCUAACCUUACUUGCACUGCAGCCAGCAUAUGUAUUUAUUCCAUGCCUAAACUUGGGAUUAAAGCGGGAACUCUGGGAAAGAGCCAGAGUCAAGACACUGAGAGCUGUUGUGUUGGAAUUCAGUGCCUGUUUAAUACAAUGAUUUGUAUAUUACUUAUAGUAGGACACUAAUUUAUUCCUUCAGCUACUCUGUGUUGGAAGGCUCAGUUUAAUAUAUCAUGACUACUGGAAAAUGGAUGGUGGGCUACGCUUUUGGAAAAACACUUUAGAAGUCAUGCUCCAAGAAUCAGUUGUUCACUUGUUGAGAUAGAUAAUAGUAUUUAGCAGUAUCCUGCCUAUCUGUAGAGUUAUUUUUAGGAAUAUACUACUUACCUGAGAAAGGAAAACUAGGAAAAAACUUCCUAAACUUCAUUCUUUCACCCAAACCUAGCUCCUACCACACUUUUCAGAUUAUUCUAUGGACAUUAUCCACAGUCUGGUCUUUAGCCAAUGAAAGAUCAAUUUAACAAUAUUCUUUAUUUUCUAAAAAAUGUUUUAUUGAUAUACCUAAAGUACCCAUGAUUCAAUAUUGUGUGGUUACUCCUUCCAUUAGUAUAGAUGGGUUGAACCAUCUAUAGCUUUUCAUUUUGUUUGAUUUUUACCCAUGUUUUCCCAAAGAUUCUCUGUGCUGGAUUUUCAGUGUGCUAAAGCCUUGUCUCUGUCUGUCCACUUGGCAUCCCUAAAUUUCACUAUAUGAUACUUCCUAUUCUAUACUACAUUUAAGACUAGGACGAUAUCCCCACAUCACUUACUGUACACAGGUCAUUUUACUGAACAUAGUACAUCCUAUUUAUGCCCACCAUCUAUGUCUCCUUUGCUCUUUUAAUCUUUAUUACUCAGAAAUGGCAGUUUCCAGAUUUGUAACUGUACAGCAUCAAAGGGGGAAAAAACCACUUCAAUAUUAAAAAGAUAGUCUUUUGUGUUACAAGUAGCUUGGGAUCAUUGGAAACAUUGGGAAAUUGUCCAGCCUUCAUUUUUCCUCCUAUCAAUGCUAUGCUUAAUCAUUGACCAUGUGUAGUCCCUAUCCUGGAUAAACAUAGGCGAUGUAUUAUCUCCAUGGACUAUUUCCAUCUGUAUUUUAUAAUCUAGAAAAUAGGCAUUUUUAAAAUCCAUUUGUUUUUUCCUGAAUGGAUUGUUAGGCCCAUCUGUUUUUUUAUUGUUAUUGUUGGUUUUUUUGGUGAGGCAAUUGGGGUUAAGUGACUUGCCCAGGGUGACACAGCUAGUAAGUGUCAAGGGUCUGAGGCCAGGUUUGAACUCAGAUCCUCCUGAAUCCAGGGCCAGUGCUCUAUCCACUGUGCCAUCUAGCUGCCCCCCAUCUGUUUUAAAAUAGCCAUGAAUCUCUUUGAGGAAAUGGUCAGGUGAUAUUUUGGGACUUGAUGCAUUUACCAGAAUUGCAGGAACAUAAUUUGCCACAGAAACAUCUGGAGGACCUCACCGACCAUAGUUUACUUGGACUUUGUAGGCUAUCUUCCAUGACUGUAGUGAAAACCUUCUUCAAGCAUAUGUUUUUCUUUUUUUUGGUGAGGCAAAUGGGGUUAAGUGACUUGCUCAGGGUCACACAGCUAGUAAGUGUCAAGUGUCUGAAGCCAGACUUGAACUUGGGUCCUCCUGUAUCCAUGGCCAAUGCUUUAUCCACUGAGACACCUGGCUGCCCCCCAAGCAUAUGUUUUCAUGUUUGAUGCCUUACUUGAUAUUAAUAAUCUGAAGGUCAGUGAUGAACAGAGUUAGCACUGUGGUUACAUUAAUGAAGGAAUCUUUUAUGAUCCUUACAAAUAUAUGAGAGAUUCACAGGAUCCUAGAAUCAUAGCCUAUGGUCUGGAAGGGAUCUUGGAAGCUGUACAAUCCAAAUUCCUCAUUAUACAGAUGAGGAAACUGAGGCCUAGAGAGGUUAAGUGACUUAUCCAGGGUCACACAGGUGAUAAAGGGCAGAGCUAGGAUCUGAAUCCCUGUCCUCUAUCUCUAAAUCCAUCUCUCUCCUGUACUGUGCUGCCUACAUCUCUUCAUUGUUGGAAGAAAUUCAGUAAGAAAGUUUUCAUGAUAAAUAGACCUGAAACUUCUGAAUCUAUAAGCUUUUGGUCUCUUUUCUUUCUUCCUUUUUCUUCCUUCCUUCCUUCCUUUCUUUCUUUCCUUUCUUUUUUUUUUUUUUGGUGAGGCAAUUGGGGUUAAGUGACUUACCCCAGGGUCACACAGCUAG